AUGAGCUACUACGUGUGGGGUGACGAAACCGAUGAAGAGCUUGAGCUAGAAAUCUCUGGAGAUAUAUGUCUUCUUCAAAGAUACCGAUACUCUACCUUCACCGACGAAGAUAAUCCACCACUGUGCCCCACCGACCUAAGGGGGCUAUUGCAGACAGAAGUUGCACUUCGAGAGAAUACUCAACGCGAGAUAGCCUUGAAAGAGAAAAUAGAGGAACUCGCCAAGGAAGACAGCUACGUGACUGUUGUUCAGGACUUACAGGAGGAAUUGUCGACACUUUCGACGGAAUAUUGGACCUUAGAACGACGUUGCCAAAAUGGUACAUGCAUCGAGUACUUGUGGAAGAUUGCGUCGGGAGAGGAGGCUGUUGUGGCAGAGACUGUGGAUGCUGUUCUCAUCGCCAGUCAGAACGGAAGUUUGCAGUUGGUCAUUGCACCGUGGAGUGUUCUUGUUGCGAGAGAGCCCGGGGGUUUGCACUCGACGCUGAGCAGAAAUCCCGAAUCCGGGAGUCCUUCAAACUUGAUUACAACUGUUCACGUGCAUGGUAUUACAAUCGAAUAA